GUUGAGACUUGAGAGUUGAGACAUUCUAUCGAGGUAUUGAGGUAACUACGUAAUUAUGAACUGUAUUUAUAUAUGUUCAUACAUCGUCUAUAUAAGAGCCUCUAUCCUUUCUGACGACCGCACUUUCCUAAUACUUAGACUACACUAAGUAUACACCUGGAACUACAGCACCUAUUAAAUAUCAAAAUGAAAACCUCGCUAUCACUACUUCUGGCCACCGCAGGUGCUGCAGUCGCGCGCAAUGUCGUGAUGGAAAAUUUGGGCGAGAUUGCUGCCAAUGAGGAGCUCACAACCGAAUUCAAGCAGUGGAUGGCAGCCAAUGACAAAGAAUACAGCGGCAAGACAGCUAUCGAACGACAGGCCAUCUACUACAAGAACAAGUUCAUUGUGGAGCGAAUGGCGGCCGAGAAUGAUAACGAUCAGGCCCAGUACAAACUGAAUAAGUUUGCGGAUCGAAAUGCUGGAGAGAUGCUAAUGGAGAUUAACUCUCCCAUGGACGCUGAUGUGCAAGCGAAGCACAUGCUGCCCGAUUUGCCCGUAGACGAUCUACCUGAGAGUUGGGAUUGGCGCGACAAGGGAGCGGUGACUGACGUCGCCAAUCAGGGAAGCGCCGGUUCUUGCUGGAGUUUCUCCGCCGUCGGGGCUAUGGAAGGGGGCUACUUCAUCAAACACAACAAGCUGCAACAGCUCUCCCCCGAGUUUCUGGUAGAAUGUGAUCCACGUGACUGCGGCGUAUUCGGCGGGUGGCCAUACAAGGCGUAUGAAUUCACCAUGGCGGAGGGUGGUAUUCCCGCUGACAAGGAUAUCCCCUACUGUGUCGGUGGUUUUGGCUGCCUGCCCUGCAUGGCUAAGCACUACGACAAGACUAUGUGUGGCAAGCACAAGGACCUAAUCUGUAACAAAGAUCGACAUGUAUGUGACAUUCUGGAGGAUAAGAAAAAGAUAGCAGCCACCGUCACCGACUGGUUCAACGUGGGCAAGGAUGAAGACCAAAUGCGCGCUGCCCUGGUCAAGUACGGGCCGCUCUCAGUAGCGUUAAACGCCAACUGGCUGCAGUUCUACUUUGGCGGUGUGUCUAACCCGUGGUUCUGUGAUCCGUUGGGCCUCAACCACGCCGUGCUCAUUGUGGGCUACGGCAGUGAGACUUCGGCCGUGGGCACAGAGAAGCCCUACUGGAUUGUGAAGAACUCCUGGGGAGAGAGCUGGGGCGAGCAGGGCUACUUCCGCAUGAUCCGUAAUGUUGGCAAGUGUGGUAUCAACACUGCCGUGACCUUCCCUGUGAUGGGUUAAAGGAAACGUAUUCACAUACCCGAUACGCAACCGAUUGCGCCCCAGGGCGUGGGCCUGGUUGCAGAAUAUACCUGUAUGAAUAUUUAGCCAACGAUUACGGGCAAUUUUAACAGUUGUGUGCUGAACUUCGAGCAGCGUUAAAGUUUAAAUAGACGUAGGUACUAUAUUUAUAUAUAUAUGGUAGUAUGGCAUAGUAUAGUACUGCCGAGACUAAAAUAAGAGUAGACAGUGACGAACUCUCAAGCGAAGUCUUGAUCGAGGUUGUCGUAGCCAUCAGUAGUAAUAAAGUAACUGUUUUGCUUCAUGAGG